CUAAUAUAGUAUCUAAAGUCUUAGACUCAGUAAUCAUGCGUAGACUAAGUGGUGCUCGGGAGGCACAAACACGAGAGAGCCAGGCAGGCUUUAGACCAGGAAGAGGGUGUAUUGGUCAUAUCUUCACCCUCCGACAGAUUCUAGAACAUAGUCAUUCCUACCGGCGUCCAACAGUCAUUAUAUUUCUUGACCUAAAGGCGGCAUUCGACUCUGUCGAUCGGGAAGUUCUCUGGAGAUGCUUGGCUGUAAAGGGAAUUCCGAGAAAAUAUAUUGCACUGAUUAAGGCACUCUAAUCGUACUCAUACAGCCAGGUGAGGGCUUACGGCGAGUUGUCAUCUGAAGUGGUGACGACUGGUGGUGUCCGUCAAGGAUGCCCAUUAUCCCCUCUUCUAUUCAACUUCAUCAUAGAUGUGUUAAUGGACUUAACCCUAAGUGACUUCAGCGACUCAUGGAUUGACUUGCUACCAGGGAAUAAUCUCGUUGACUUGGAAUAUGCAGACGAUAUAGUCCUUCUAGGCGAAGACGCUGACGAAAUGCAGAGUUUUCUAAACACCUUGAGCCGCAAUCUACGAAUGUUUUGGAUGCGAUUCGCUCCCACCAAAUGCAAGAUGAUGUUACAGGACUGGACUACAUCGACGCCUAGUUUAAAAAUAGGAAGUGAAGUGGUAGAGCACGUUGACCGCUUCACUUAUUUGGGAAGUACCAUCAGCCCCAACGGGCUGAUCUCUGACGAAAUCUCAGCACGAAUACAGGGGGCUCGUUUCGCAUUUGUUAGUUUACGCCGACUCUGGCGUAGACGAGAUGUUCGACUAUCGACCAAAGGGCGGGUGUACUGCUCAUCAGUCCGCUCCGUCCUCCUUUAUGGUUGUGAGACCUGGCCACUGAGAGUGGAAGACAUGAAAAGACUAGCUGUCUUUGAUCAUAGGUGCCUGCGUUCUAUUUCCCGUGUAAAGUGGCAUAAUAAGGUGAGCAACAUGGAGGUUAGGCGUAGAGUUCUAGGUAAACAGGGGAAAUCAAUCGAUGAAGUCGUGAAGCUACAAAGACUGAGAUGGUUAGGACAUGUGUUACGUAUGCCAAGCCAUCGCCUCCCUCGAUGAGCUAUGUUAGCGGAUAUAGGGUCAGGCUGGAAAAAAGCUAGCGGCGGUCAAUGAAAUCCACAACAGUUGGUCUAAGCCACGUAGAAAGGUAUAGACUUCCAGGCUGGGGUCCUC